UUCAAAGAUGAUUCAUUUGAUGUGAUUGGUUUUAUAAACAAAACCAAAAAAUAACCAUUUCUUGUGGUUUCAGAACAUCUGGGCAUAAUACUAGAUUAUCGAAAAACCAAAUCAAAAUGCAAGAAAAUCGGCCAGAAUUAUACGAGGAAGUGAAACUCUAUCGUCAUGCUCGCGAACGAGAGAAGUACGAUAAUAUGGCAGAUUUGUUCGCAUUGGUGUCAACACUGCAAAAUUUGGAGAAAGCCUACAUCCGAGACUGUGUCACCCCUCAAGAAUAUACAGCCGCUUGCUCGAAACUGCUGGUUCAGUAUAAGGUUGCCUUCAAGCUGGUCCAGGGCGACGAAUUUCCAUCCAUCGAUUUGUUCGUGAAGAAAUUCCGACUCGACUGCCCAGCUGCGCUCGAACGCAUCCGCGAAGACCGCCCGAUCACAAUCCGAGACGACAAAGGAAAUACCAGCAAGUGCAUUGCCGAUAUUGUUUCCAUGUUCAUCACGCUGAUGGAUAAAUUGAGGUUGGAGAUUAGGGCUAUGGAUGAUCUGCAACCCGAGCUCCGUGAUCUGUUGGAUACGAUGAACCGACUCUCGUUGAUUCCGGAUAAUUUCGAGGGUAAGGAGAAGGUUUCUACGUGGCUUGCGACGCUCAACUCCAUGCAAGCUUCAGAUGAACUGUCGGAAACGCAAGUGCGACAGCUUCUGUUCGAUUUGGAAUCCUCAUAUUCGGCAUUCAAUAACCUGCUGCACUCAACCUAAUGUAGUGAUUGUUUUUUCCUUGUUCUGCCGAGUGUUGGAAGUGGGUGCUUUUAUGCUUAGACGCAUAUGUUCAAGAAAUAAAACGACUGCAUGGGAAGCAAGAUGAUUAUUAUUUUCACCCAGUAAGAAGAAAUAUAGAUUAUUAAGUAAGUCAAAUAUAUAUUCUAUUAAAUGUAGAACAUAUAUAAUGGUUAUAUUGUCAUUAAAUAAAAAUAAAUUGAGUAUA